AUGAACCGAUCAGGAGGCAAUCCUGACGAAAAGCCGACGGCUCAGAUGACCCGUGCACAUUGCACAGAACGGUGACAGAGCUGUAAACUACAGCGAUGGAUAUACAGAAGAAGCACCUGUGCCCCCGCUUGGUGGAUUAUCUCGCCAUUGUGGGGGCCAGACUACCCUCAGUCUCUCGCCAGCCUGUGCAGGUACGAUUCCAGAAUUAUUGCGAAGAUAUCCGGUGGAAAAUCACAAAGAUUUUCCAUUGCCGCUGGAUAUGGUUUAUUUCUGUCAACCCGAGGGUUGCACCAGCGUGGGCCCGAAACGCACAGCCUUACGAGAGGCCACCUCCUUUACAUUCACCCUCACGGACAAAGAUUCCGGGAAAACUCGCUAUGGUAUCUGCGUGAAUUUUUAUCGACCAAUAGAAAGGGCAGGAGUUACGGUCGGGGCUGGGGUGUCAGUGAAAAGGGACAAAUACAAUACCACGUUUCGAAGGGAGAGCUGGAGAAAGAGCAUGGAAAAGAGCACAGAUUCUGCGUUUUCUAGCGACUAUAGGAGCAGUGCAGUGGGCCCUAGCGAUUCAGAGAAAGAUUGUCCGAGCAGCAGAAGGGACUCUGACACUUCGCAUAUACCGAGUGCACCGAGAUUAGGUAUCACUGCACCAAGUGGAGACAGUGAAAGUGGAGGAAGUCAUUCACCGUCUCCGCGUGCAUCGCGCAGACGACAGAGGAUACGGAAUCACUCGCUAACGUCGUUAUGCAUCAUCUCUCAUCAUCCGUUCUUUUCAAUGUUCCGCGAAUGCCUUUUCGUUUUGAAGAAGAUCAUCGACGCGUGCAACGAAAGUUCCUCACCGCAGAAAGUCGGUGCUUCCAGGCAGACUAACAGAGACACGGUGUGGAGCGUUUUAACAGGACAAACGCUGGAAGGAACACCAUCGAUUGUGUUGCACGACGUACGAGAGAUCGAGACGUGGAUACUGAGAUUGCUGAGCAGCCCUGUACCCGUGCCAACAAAGACACGCGUCGAGGUCGAGAUCGUGUCACAAAGUAUGCAGCCACCACUCUGUUUUGCACUUCCAGACCACACUAGAUUUUCUCUCGUUGAUUUCCCUCUGCAUCUACCCCUGGAACUUCUUGGCGUUGACAUAUGCUUGAAGGUCCUCACGUUGAUUCUCUUGGAGCACAAGAUCGUGUUGCAAUCCCGCGACUACAACGCCCUGUCGAUGUCUGUAAUGGCGUUCGUAACGAUGAUUUAUCCUCUGGAGUAUAUGUUCCCCGCGAUACCAUUGUUACCCACGUGCAUGAGCUGCGCGGAACAAUUGUUGCUUGCACCUACACCAUUUGUUAUCGGAAUACCCGCUACUUUUUUAUUGUACAAAACGAACUUUAAAAUGCCCGAUGACAUUUGGCUAGUGGAUCUAGACAGCAAUAAAAUAAACGCACCUACUGGUCUGGAUGAUCAAUUGCCCCCAUUGCCCGAACCAGAAAGCACCAUACUAAAGAACCACUUGACACAGGCAAUGGCUAGUAUGUCAAUUCCGCAACCACUUUCACAAGACAUUUCUCCGAGGACUUCUCUGCAAGCUCCAAGUAGAAGGGAGAGCCUAACUUCUCAUUUAAGUGUGUCGUCGAUGAAACACAGGCCAAGCAUCGACCAUCACGUGUACACGAGUCCAGCGAGUUCUCCGGGGAUCAGCGUAACAUCCCGUCACCGUCGCUCCUCUAUAUUCCAGUCAGCAGCCUUCGCGCCGCCUCAGGAUCCACUCUCGUCGCAAAUCCUGACACCGUUCAAUACGUUUAUCUACGGGAACGACGUGGACUCCGUGGACGUGGCCACCAGAGUGGCCAUGGUGCAUUUCUUCAACUCGCAGAACGUUCUGGCGAACUUCACCGAGCACACGAGGACACUGAGGCUAUACCCAAGGCCCGUGGUCGCCUUUCAGAUCAACUCUUUCCUUCGAUCGAGGCCGCGUGCCAGCCAUUUCUUGAACAAGUUCGCCAGGACUCAGGCGGUGGAGUUUCUGGCCGAGUGGUCGCUCACUCCGAACAACGUUGCGUUUCUGAGGGUGCAGACAGGGGUGUUCGACCCGGAUCAAGUCGGGGACAAGCCGAAAUGGUACGCCUCGGAUUUGGAGCCUAUUUAUUUCCCUGUUUGGGACAACGGCAGCUCGCUGGCGAACGCGUUAAAGGCGAUGAAGGAACACGAGAGCCAACCGACCGACGAGAGCGGGUCUGACUCCGAGGGUGCCGAAAGUACGAGUUCCUCUUAUUCCUCGUUGAGCGAUUUCGUAUCCGAGAUGGUGUCCUCUGACUUGUCUCCAAGCUACAAUUGUUCGCAAAUGGCACAACCUCAGCAGAUGGCCCUGUCUGUGGACCCGAAGAACGUUUAUAAUCCACCCAGUUCAUUGCAAUAUCCUGGAGUGGAGGAGGAGUCGACAGUGAGACCAGAAAGUCCACCGAGUACUUCCUCCAGUCACAGUGACUUGAGCAGUCCUAGUUUCAACAGAGACUCUGAGUUCGAGUUAAAUCCCAAAGCUCAAGAAGGUUCACAAUCAGCCAAUGACAAAGAGGAGGGUGGUAGCUUUGAAUCAGACUCAACAUCCACGAUUACACCACGCACAAUCCUGAGCGCACAAAGUUCUGUAGGACAGUUCGGAGUAGGGAAGGGACGUUCUUUAGCGACUACUCCGAGCAUCAAUGACAUCGAACGUCCUGCUACAUCCCACAGGACUUCCCGUGUCAGUAGAUAUGUCGUUCCCAUUCAACCAAGUGCAGCGAGUCUCCAGCGUCACCCAAGUGUGGGGAACGUUUUAGCCAGGGCGUCAAGCGGAACAGGGCCAUUUUCUCGACAGACGAGCAGCAAUAGCAGCAACGAAAGUGAAUCGUCAACAGCCUCCCGACAAUUAUCCUUCGGUACUAAUAAACAAGCUGAGAAUGUACAGAGACAAGGUUCCAGUGCCACUGGAAACGGUGUGUUGAGACAAGGUUCUCAAGGAUCGUUGUUCGAACAAAUAGCGAACCAGGCGAAGGAUUUGGUCCGUGAGACUACAAGACAGAGCAGUCAGGAUGGACUCCUUGCUCAAAUGGACAAGUUGACGCAACAGACGAAAAAAGCCAUGGGUGAAGCAACGAAAUCGGUUCAGGAAGUAUCAAAAACCGCCCUGGAGGCGAGCAAAACAGCAGCUGGUGUCAGUAAAAAUACAUUCGACGAUUUGACAUACGUGGGCAAGAGCACUUUCGGAGACUUGACGAAAAGUGCCAAAGAGGGUCUUGGCGAUACGCAUUCACCCCCAUCGCCUUCUGGUAUGUUACAACGAAGGGAUUCGAGUAGCACGCAAUUGGUCGCUUCGGAUAAUCGCGGAGGGCGCCGAGAUAUCGGACGUGAUUUUUUCAGCAAUAUUAGUAGUGAUUUAAACGGCAUUGCUACGCAAACGAGCAACAUGUUUAGCGAUCUGUUUGCUAAAACAGGACUGGUUGAACGUUCGUCAUUGAUAAAACAUUCGACGAAUAAGAAUAGCCAGGAAGACAUUCAAAGGAUGCAGAAUGCUGAGAGGUCCAGUACAAACAGCGACAAUCAAGCUUUCCUCACCGACGUGGUGAAUCAGGUGUUAAUCGGCGAAGGUGUCGGUUGGCUGAAACUGAACAGGCUGAAGAAAUUAAUGGAGGAUGAGAGCUAUCGAGAUCUGGUGGUGACGAAGUUGAACAAAGGUCUUAACAAAAAGAUUAGUCCUGACGAUCAUAUCGACGACGUGUAUAUCUCGAAGCCGGUUUACAAAGGGAUGCUAAAGUGCCUUCAAGCAGUGGCUCACGGUCUUGGACACACUUACAAUAACUUCGGUUUGGGCGGAAUGGCGUCAGUCUUUCAGUUAAUGGAGAUCGCGCACACACAUUAUUGGAGCAAGGACCUUUCGGAGGGUGGUUUCGAUAGUUCUCUAAUGUCUCAAAAACGCCUCAAGUUCAUUUGGAAACGUCACACGGUCAUCAACCACCGGCGAACGAAGGAGGAGGACAAUCGACGACUGACAUGUUCCUCGAUAUGUUCACCAAAAAAGGAAAGUUCCUCAGCAGGCUAACAUCAUUUGAUUCUGAGAGUGGGCGGGGAGGUGGAACAGGAAGCAGCGAAGCUUUGUCCACAGACGGAGGUAGCAUAAUCACUAAUCCUGCUUUUCGGCAAACGCACCAGGCUUCUUUCCGAAGCACUGUCUCUGAUAGCGAGGUCGAGCAAGGCAAUGUAAAUUGAUCACUAUUGAAUCAGUCUGUUAUUUUCUUUACACCCUAUAUUUAAACAUAGAAUACUUUCAAAUAGUUGCUAGCAGAACUCAGCUGA